AACAAAUUGCGAAUCUUCGAUCAGGUGGACUCACGGAUCCGAGAUCGGGCGAUAUGAAUGGCUAUCUCUGCCAGAUGGAAGCUCAACAGCAUCGUGCACGAUCUCGAUGUCACCAAGCAGACCGUGGACAACGCGGAGAGUCGUGCGCGCCUUCAGAUAAAAACUAGCGCUUCGAAACUGUCCCAGAGAAAUACCCGGCAGUUUGCACAAGCCCUACAUCACCAAGCGGACGAGUUGUGCCAACGUGGCGAGUACGAGUCAGCGUUGGUAUUGUAUCAUCGAGCAGCUACUGUGUGUCCGCACGACAGCAGUCACAAUGUGGCAGCACGACGUACCGCAGCUACAAUAAGCUCGUGGAAUAAUUCAGAAAAAAACUUGACAAGAGAUGACCCGAUUUCGAGGGCGACUUCGAGUCACGACAUUGUGGCGCUUAAAGCGCGUGAUACUUCGAAGUCAUUUGAUGAUCCAUCGAUAAUCACAGAUGUUCUCAAAUAUCUCGAUAAUCGCAAGAAAACUUCCGACAAAAUUUCCCCCGCGCUAAGACCCUUGACUUCCAAACUAAUUCGAUCCAUGACGAUGUUGAAGCAUGUCAAUAGUCGCGCCAAUGCUAUGCUGAAGAACUUGAAAAUUAAUUUCGAAGCUGGCAAGAUGAAGACUUCCCUAAGACUCGCUGAGGAUUUGCUAACAUUAUCUUCCGGCUUGGAGGAUUUUCGCCGAUACAGAAUAUCGGCGUAUCGGUAUUUAUCUCUGAUCCAUACGAAAUUAGGAAGGCAUGAUCGAGCGUGUAGCAACGUCGCCAUAAUGGUGCGGCUGUCGAAGAGCACCAACGAUGUCGUUCUCCUAUCACGCGCUCUUGUGACUCUGGGCAGGGUGCAUCUCAGCUUCGGUCAUCUGGAAGUUGCCGCACGUGCUUUGGAAAAUCUGUCGAUCCAUGUCAACCACCCGGUGCCGCGGGCUUGGGUGCACCAUGAGAUUGGACGCUGCCAUUUGGAGACGGGGAAGUACGUCAAGGCGUUGCGCAAGGCGACGCAGUGCCGGGAAUGCGCGGAGGAGGCAAACUCGAAGAAGUGGACCUUCCAUGCCGACCUGCUGCGGGCGCAGUGCCUGGCGAUGCUGGGUCGUUUCGCCGAGGCUCUCGAAGAGUUACGAAUUGCUGCGAAGAUCAGCGAGGAGGAGGGAGACACCCCAACGCUGUCUUACAUUCGAGAUCUUAUCGAACAGCUGAAUCGUGCUCUGCGCGAAGUCACGUUCAGCGAGGAAAGAUGCUUCGAAAGUAUUCUUCGAAGACUAUCGCCGCGUUGCAAAGAACCUGAACUAUCCGAAGGGAACGCGAUAACAAGUUCGGGAAUUAGGAGAAUGACACGCAGCAAGGACAACGACGCUUCAACGCCACCGUUUUACUCCGACUGUCUAGAGGACGAGAUCCUCGAUCAACGCGAGAUAGAGUCGAAUUCAAGUUCGAUGAACAGCGCCAUAUCCAGCAGAAGCAAAAACACUAACUUAACGUACGUGAUCGACUCUUAUACGGACGUUUCAUACAAAGACGGAAUGAGGAUAUGUGAUGAUGAACUUUUGUCACGCGAGUCGUACAUGACGUUCCGUACCUGUUACAAAGAGUCCAGACACUCCAUCAACGAGGACAAAGCAUCGGUCUCUUUAAAACAACCAAUCGCAACAUGCUCUAGUAAUGUCGAAAGGUGCAGCGAACAAGCUGAAUGCGAGACAUUCAGGAUUUCGAGAUCCUACGAGGACGGCGUAACUUUGACACCGUUACUGACAAAGCGCAGCAUGACGCCGUCGUUGGAACACCGUGUGGCUGUUCGUCACUCGCUGAAGUGGAAAAACAGGAUAACAAUGAGGAAUUCUUCGUUCACGAAGCAUUUUCCAGCUUCGAUGUAUCUACCGAAAAUUAAACGCGCCAAAUUAAGGAAGAAUGUUCGGAAUUACGCUACGACGAAAUUAUGACGAAAAAUCGAAGGGGUAUGUCGUAACAAUUUCAAGCACAACAAAAAGUCUUAAAUUUUUUUAUUUC